GCGGGGCGGGGCCUGUGCGCGGGGCGGGAGGCGGUGACCAGCAGCUGUAGGAGGAGAAAGAACAUGGCGGGCGCAGCGGGGACGGGGACCUGCGCGGGAGCAGCGGGCGGAGAUGGAGACGAUUCGCUAUACCCUAUCGCGGUUUUAAUCGACGAGCUCCGCAAUGAAGACGUGCAGCUCCGACUCAACAGUAUUAAGAAGUUAUCAACAAUUGCCCUGGCACUUGGAGUAGAAAGGACACGAAGUGAAUUGCUGCCAUUCCUUACAGAUACAAUUUAUGAUGAAGAUGAGGUACUAUUAGCUCUUGCUGAGCAGCUGGGAAAUUUCACCGGCCUAGUGGGAGGUCCUGACUUUGCCCACUGUCUGCUGCCUCCUUUGGAAAAUCUGGCGACUGUGGAAGAGACUGUUGUUCGUGACAGAGCUGUGGAGUCCCUGAGACAGAUCUCCCAGGAGCAUACUCCUGUUGCUCUGGAAGCUUAUUUUGUACCUCUGGUGAAACGCCUAGCAAGUGGGGAUUGGUUCACCUCUCGCACGUCUGCAUGUGGUUUGUUCAGCGUUUGCUAUCCCAGGGCAUCAAAUGCUGUUAAAGCAGACAUUAGACAGCACUUCCGUUCCUUGUGCUCAGAUGACACACCAAUGGUACGACGUGCUGCUGCUUCCAAAUUGGGUGAAUUUGCAAAAGUUUUGGAAUUAGACAGUGUGAAAAGUGAAAUUGUUCCAUUGUUCACUAAUCUAGCUUCAGAUGAACAGGAUUCAGUGCGCCUCCUAGCUGUGGAAGCUUGUGUCAGUAUUGCCCAGCUAUUGUCCCAGGAUGACCUUGAGACCUUGGUGAUGCCUGCAGUUCGACAAGCAGCAGAAGAUAAAUCUUGGCGAGUUCGCUAUAUGGUAGCUGACAAAUUUUCAGAGCUCCAGAAAGCUGUGGGUCCUAAAAUCACCCUAAAUGACCUCGUCCCCGCCUUUCAGAACCUACUUAAAGACUGUGAAGCUGAAGUCCGGGCGGCUGCUGCCCACAAAGUAAAAGAACUUUGUGAGAACUUGCCCAUUGACGAUAGAGAGACCAUAAUUAUGAAUCAAAUUCUGCCCUAUAUAAAGGAAUUAGUAUCUGAUACCAGUCAACAUGUCAAAUCGGCUCUAGCUUCUGUAAUUAUGGGAUUGUCUACUAUUGUGGGCAAAGAGAAUACCAUUGAACAUCUUCUACCUCUUUUUUUAGCUCAGUUAAAGGAUGAGUGUCCUGAAGUUCGUUUGAGUAUCAUCUCCAAUUUGGAUUGUGUAAAUGAAGUGAUUGGAAUUCAUCAGCUCUCUCAGUCUCUCCUUCCUGCCAUAGUGGAGCUGGCUGAAGAUGCCAAAUGGAGGGUCCGGCUGGCUAUCAUUGAGUAUAUGCCACUGCUGGCAGGCCAGCUGGGUGUGGAAUUCUUCGAUGAAAAGCUGAAUUCUUUAUGUAUGGCUUGGCUUGUGGACCAUGUAUAUGCCAUCCGAGAAGCUGCUACGAACAACCUCAUGAAACUAGUUCAGAAGUUUGGUACAGAAUGGGCCCAAAAUACCAUCGUUCCCAAAGUGUUAAUAAUGGCAAAUGAUCCUAAUUACUUGCAUAGAAUGACCACUUUAUUCUGCAUUAACGCACUCUCUGAGGCCUGUGGUCAGGAAAUAACCACUAAGCAAAUGCUGCCCAUUGUAUUAAAAAUGGCAGGAGACCAAGUAGCAAAUGUUCGCUUCAAUGUGGCCAAAUCUCUACAAAAAAUUGGACCAAUUCUAGAUACCAGUGCUUUACAGGGAGAAGUUAAGCCAGUACUACAGAAAUUAGGUCAAGAUGAAGACAUGGAUGUCAAAUACUUCGCACAGGAAGCUAUAAGUGUAGUGGCACAAAGGCUGAGGAAGCUAGAUUUUCCUGUGAAGGGCAGUGAAGAGCCCAGUGUCCCUUGGGUUGACAAGAACCACUUUCCAAGACCCAGAGUGCCUGGAGAGGACACAGGGAAGGGGCCAGCAUAUCAGUUGCAUGGAAAUACUAGAGACACACUUGCCCAGCUGGAAAUUGCAGAGCUAGUGCAUUUCUCCCAGAGCAGAGACUAAUACCCCUGGAUUAAAACAAAGAACAUAAAAAAUAAAGUACCACACAUAUUGCACUUCUUGCCGAAUGAAAUUUUUACCUCACGUUCAUCUCACCAGAGUCUCUUCAGAGGAGCCUGGUUUACAGGAUGACGAAGCUAAUGAUGAUGAUACAGUAGUGGACACACUGCUCAUGUGAAACAGACUGGAAAGCAAGUCAGUGCUUCAGAGGAGCCCUGCAGAAAGAGUGGUACUAAGCCUUCUUAGUGUUGUAUUAGUACUGAUGAAGAGAAAACUGCUUGGAAGCUUCCAUGGGUCACUAGUUGGGGACAGGGCAGCAGAUGUGAUCAGACAGGGCUGAGCAAACACCUGACUGACCAACAGAACCAGUCUCCUCAGCAGCUUACAUUGCAGUCAAUACAGAGGGUUAUGGAAUUUAUUGAUUUCUGCUUGAAAUAAAUGAGAUAAGCAAAUAGGAGCUUACAACACAGGUUCCAGCAGGAGGGAUCAUGCUCUGCAUCAGGCCGGUGUUCACACCACUGCCAUGCCUGACGGUUCCUGAUGGGCCUGGCUACUGCAGGGUGUCUCUUGAUUUCUCUCUGGGUCCUUAACCUUCAAAUAGCCUCUCUGCAGUCCCUCAUCUGUCGGCCUAACCAUUCUGCCUUAGCUCCCAGGUCUCCUGGACUAAGCAACUCAUGGCAUUGUUGGGGGGCAGGAGUUUAUGUCAAGCCAUAACUAUACCAUUCCUGCAGUUCUGAAAUAAGCAGCCCCCACUUUCAAUCUGGAAAGCAUUUUAAUAUCGCAAAUAUUGCAGCAGCACUUCUGUAGCAUAUCUUGGGAAAAUGUCUUCCUUCAGUCUAAACAAAUCAAGCCCCAUUUUGUAACUGGCUAUUUUGCAAAGACUCAGAUUAGAGAUCUUAAUGAAAUGAUCUCUUAAAUGAAAUCAUGUUCUUUAUUUCACGAAAUCAUCAAUCUUAAGCAUGAGUAGGAAUAAACAACUCCCAGAAGGAGCUUAA